CUUUGUAUGGCUGGUAUCUAGAAGGGUCCACGUGUGAAUGAUUUCCGUUCGGCUCCGAGUGGAAGAGAAGAAGAAGAAGACGAGCAGGAAUCUUCUUCUUUUCACUGAAAACAUUUCUUAAGAAUUACGUCAACACUUCUGGUGUAACAGUACAACUAGUAACAGUUUACGCUAGUUUUGGAGGAGAGAAAAAGCAGUUCGGGUUUAAUCAAGAAGUGGAAGUUUCAGCAUCCCUCGCUGGAAUGAAUGGAUGCAUUUAUUUGUGAAUGGAGACACAUAUGUGACAAAUUACUAAGGACGCUUUCAGCCUGGCUGACAACUCAGCAAAUACAGUCGAGACAACUUCAGCUGUUCGUACAGCAUUAACAGGAGCCUUUGCGCAACGUUGUAAGCCUGAUUAAUUAAACAACCUGUCACAUAAUCUCUGCAUUUGGUGUUAGAGGCAGAAGAGAAAAUGUCCCCAGCAGCAACAGAUGAGUUGCACUGCAAACCCCUGGAUGGUGGUUGGGGUUGGAUGGUGGUCUUUGGGGCCCAUAUUUCCAUUGGAUUUGCCUACGCCAUGCCCAAAGUCCUCUCCAUUUUCUUCAAGGAGAUACAAGAGGAUUUGCAGGCCAGCUCCAGUGAUAUAGCGUGGAUUUCCUCUAUCAUGCUGGCUGCCAUGUAUGCAGGAGGACCAGUCAGCAGUUUGUUGGUCAGUCGCUUUGGAAGCCGGCCAGUAGUCAUGCUGGGUGGACUGAUGUGUGGGGUCUCCAUGGUAACUGCCUCUUUUGGGAGCUCCAUCAUAUACCUCUACUUUUGCAUUGGCAUCAUUGGAGGUUCUGGACUCUCCUUAAACCUGAAUGCAUCUCUCACCAUCAUCAGCAAGUAUUUCCUGGCAAGGCGUCCUUUAGCCAAUGGACUGGCUAUGGCAGGGAGCCCAGUAUUUCUGUGUGUUCUGGCUCCUUUCAACCAAUAUUUACUGGACAACUUUGGCUGGAGAGGAAGUCUCCUUAUUCUGGGGGGUCUGAUGCUCAACUGUUGUGUUGCUGGGGCCCUGAUGAGACCUGUUGUUCCACCUCGUAACUCAUCCUCUGCACCACAGAAGAAAGUGGAGGAACAGCCAAAUGACUGCAACAGUAAGCUGAAAGGAAACUGUAAAAAAACUCCUAAGAAGUUCUUGGAUUUGUCCUUCUUCAAGGAUAGAAGCUUCAUCAUUUACCUCAUUGGGAAUAUGAUGUUCAUCUUUGGUGCCUAUGCACCCAUUGUGUUCCUGUCAUCCUAUGCUAUUAGUUUGGGUGUAGAGGAGUACUCUGCAGCCUAUCUGCUCUCCAUUAUGGGCUUUGUGGACAUGUUUGUUCGGCCUGCCACUGGCCUGGUAGCCAACAGCAAGUGGAUCAGGCCCAGAAUUCAGUACUUUUUCAGUUUUGCCAUGAUAUUCAACGGCACGUGCCACUUGCUGUGUGCACUCAUCAAGAGUUAUACCUUCCUGCUGGUCUACACAGUAAUGUUUGGUGUGGGUUUCGGCAUGGUUUUCGCCCUGAUUUUUGAAUGCCUGAUGGACCUAAUGGGAAAUGAACGCUUCUCCAGUGCUGUUGGACUGGUCACCAUCAUCGAGUGUUUACCCAUGCUACUGGGACCACCUGCUGCAGGGUCACUGGUGGACAUCUUUAAUGACUACAAGUACCUUUACCUCAUGUGUGGCGCAGUGAUCGUCACUGGUGGGCUCUUCCUCUUUGUCAUGAACAUCUACAACUAUCACAUGCUGGAAAAAGAGAAGGCUGCAAAGGACAGACAGCAGAACCCACAAAACUUAGAGAACCAGGACCAGGAGAGCAUCUCAGUGCCAGAGAUGCAACAGACCUCUAAUGGCAGCAAUGGAGCAAACUCAACACAAGGGCCAAAUUAAAUGUCACCUCUCUACUAAGUUUGCAUGUUAGCAACAUGUGUGUAUGGUAGGUGUAUAUGGGUGGUAACGCAGUGUGGUGGAACGACAGACAGACAGUCUAACAAAGCUAUUCCUGAAAAUGCCAAACAUUUUCCAGUUCCAACCUCUGAAAUGUGCUGCUUUGCUCACUUUUAUAUGAUUGUAGAUUAAAUACAUUUUGGUUUUAGACUGUGGGUUUAACAAACAACCACUUUUAAGAUGUCACAAUGGACUCUGGAAAAUUAUGACUGUUAUUUUUCAAUAUUUUCUGACUUUAUAGAUGAAAUGUUGAAUCAAUUAACAGAAGAAAUAACUGACAAAUUAAUCAGUUAUAUAAAAAAGUAUUUGUUGCAGCCCCAGUUCAUUCAUUCAUCUACUCAGUUUGUGUUUUGUCCCCUAGGAUACAUGGAAGUGUUGCAGAUGACACACUGAACAGGGAUGAAUUACUUACAUAUACUCUUCAGUACUGCUGUGUAUGUUGCUUUAAACCUGUGAUGUGAUAUGACUGUAUUACCUUGACUUUGGCUCUGUCACCUUUCAGAAAGUCACAGACAAUGCUGAAAGGCACACAGUCUUAAUAUUUGAGAGUUUAAUGUUUGCUGUAGUAAUUUGAAGGAUGAGUGGGUGACGUGUUCCUUUAUUACAACGAACAUGGGCUCUGUAGGGCACUCCCUAUGAAAAUAUUAAUCGUUCUUGUGGUAAUGUGCAUAAUCUCUCGACUGCCAUGAGAUAUUUUGCACUGUUUACAUUAUAAAACUGGCAAUAGGUUUCACAGAUCAAAUACUGAAGCUGCCAGUAAAAACACAGAAAUGUUAAAGAAGUUUUAAACCCUUUUUUAGUUUAAUUCAUUUUAAAUUAAGUACUAAAGUCUGUAAUGAACAUACAGUCACAAGCCUGUGAUUAACUUUUUCAUCUUAACUGAAAUGUGAUACGAACUUAUGAUCAUUCUCUGACUUAUAGUAAAUAAUAAUAGUAUGUUUUUAGUCAGUGUUUAUUAGAUUUGAACUUUUAUGCUGAGACACAUAAACUGAUAUGUGUGCUACAGUGAUAUGUAAUCAUUUUGUGCUGACAUUUAGCAGUGACAUUUGUUAUUUGUGUGAGAAUGGAUUUGCAUGCCCUGUUAAUUGGUUUAAUGCUGUGUUUUAGUGUAUUUGUGCAUGUGAGUAGCGGAUGUGUUUGUCGGAGUGCAAGUGAGUGAAAAAGAGAAUAUGAAUCACACAUUAUUCUAAAUCUGGCUAAUAUAAACUUUAUAUUUGAAGGUGAUGGCAGCUUUUUGAGGUCUGUGUCUGGAUUUGAUGAAAGCCUUAAGUUUACUUGAAUGACAGAAGUUUAAUUGUUAUUGCUGUAUUUCUACUUGAGACAUCUUAUACAUACACAUGGGGUUAUACAAUGUACUAUUAUUGCUAUGAAUAACACUGAAUUGUCAACCAUAUUAAAAUUCAUAUGAAUUUCA